GUAGUAGUAGUAGCUCUGCACAAUCUCUCUCUCUCUUCUCUCUUCUCUCUUACACGAGCUCAGUGGAUCGGUCAGACCACUUUCCCACGUCUUUUUCUCUCUCCUCCAUCCUCCAUCCUCCUUCCUCCUCCGUCGUCCAGGGCCAAUCUCUUCCGCAUUCCAAGCUGUCGGUAACAUCGGAUCCCAUUGAAGGAUAAGGGAAGCAGGAAGAGAGAGAGAGAGAGAGAGAGAGAGAGAGAGAGCUAGAAGAGAGAGACAGAGAAGAAGAAGAAGAAGAAGAAGAAGAAGAGGAAGGAGAAGGAGAAGUAGAAGAGAGGAUGUCGUCGUCGGACGAGGAGGGAGGGGAGGAGUACCUGUUCAAGAUCGUCAUCAUCGGCGACUCCGCGGUGGGCAAGUCCAACCUCCUCUCCCGCUACGCCCGCAACGAGUUCAACCCCCACUCCAAGGCCACCAUUGGCGUCGAGUUCCAGACCCAGAGCCUCGACAUCGACGGCAAGGAGGUCAAGGCCCAGAUUUGGGACACCGCCGGCCAGGAGCGCUUCCGCGCCGUCACCUCCGCCUACUACCGCGGGGCCGUCGGCGCCCUCGUCGUCUACGACAUCACCCGCCGCUCCACCUUCGACAGCGUCUCCCGCUGGCUCGACGAGCUCAAGACUCACUCCGAUACAACAGUUGCAAGGAUGCUUGUUGGGAACAAAUGUGACCUGGAGAGUAUUAGGGAUGUGACAGUCGAGGAGGGGAAGAGUUUAGCAGAAUCAGAAGGGUUGUUCUUUAUGGAGACUUCUGCUUUGGAUGCCACAAAUGUCAAGACAGCAUUUGAGAUCGUUAUAAAAGAAAUAUAUAACAAUGUGAGCAGGAAGGUUCUAAAUUCGGAUGCAUAUAAAGCAGAGCUCUCUGUUAACAGAGUAACCUUGGUUGGUAAUGGGACCGAUGGAUCGAAGCGGAGUCAGAGCUAUACUUGCUGUUCCUUGUGAUUCUGUAGUUGCGAAAUUCUUUCAAGUUCGAUGAUGGAAACUUCAUUGUCGAUUCUCUUGGUUGAGCUGUCUGUUUGGUUUUGCUUUGUUUUUCUCUUCAGGGGUUUUUAAGGUGCUGUUAUAGCAAAUUUUAUUCAAGCAUAUUAAUACAUCAAUUUUUUUUUGGGGUUCAAGAUAUAUGUAAUAGCAAAGAAUAAGGUGGACCUGCGUUUUGUUUGUGUGAUUGGGAAUUAUGUCUAAUUACAUAUGUUGGCCGAGAGGUUUGCAUAUUUUGUUCCCGACAGAGGCAAGAUAAAUGUAAGUUAUUUU